AAGAAAGUCCAAGUGGCCGAGCGGCUGCGGUUUGUAGCGGAGGCGUGGCGGUCCUCCUGGGAUAAUAUGAAAACUGAGAGGCUCAGAAGUCUCCGGAGAGAAAACAAACUUAGUUCGAGCUGACGAGGACCUCCACCUCCGCGGAGCAGCUGGUAAAAAAUAACGGUUCAGUGCGUGCGGGAUUCAGCGGGCUAACGGAACCAAGAUGUCCCGAGAGGCGGUGAACGGGGUCUCGUGCGGGGACAAGGUCCUGACUCUGGACACCAUGAACCCCAACGUGAGGCGGGUGGAGUACGCGGUGCGGGGCCCCAUCGUGCAGCGGGCGGUGCAGAUAGAGAAGGAGCUCCGAGAGGGAGUCAAGAAACCCUUCACCGAGGUCAUCAAGGCGAACAUCGGUGACGCCCACGCCAUGGGUCAGAGACCAAUCACCUUCUUCAGACAGGUGCUGGCUCUGUGUUCGUACCCCGAACUCCUGGAAGACAACAAGUUUCCGGAGGACGCCAAGAAGAGAGCACGGCGAAUCCUGGACGCCUGCGGGGGCCACAGUUUAGGGGCCUACAGUGCCAGCCAGGGGAUUGAAUGUGUUCGCCAGGAUGUGGCCCGGUACAUAGAGAGGAGAGAUGGGGGCAUCCCCUCCAACCCUGACAACAUCUACCUGUCCACUGGUGCCAGCGAUGCCAUCGUGACCAUCCUGAAGAUGCUGGUGUGCGGCGAGGGGCGAGACCGAACAGGAGUGAUGAUCUCCAUCCCUCAGUACCCGCUGUACUCGGCCGCCCUGGCAGACCUGGGCGCCGUGCAGAUCAACUACUACCUCCAUGAAGAAAAGUGUUGGAGUCUGAACGUGGCGGAGCUCAGGAGGGCGCUGACUGAAGCCAGACGGCACUGCAAUCCUCGAGUGCUCUGCAUCAUCAACCCUGGAAACCCCACAGGUCAGGUCCAGAGCAGGCAGUGCAUUGAAGAUGUGAUCCGGUUUGCCAAAGAGGAGCGUCUCUUCCUCAUGGCCGAUGAAGUCUACCAGGAUAACGUCUACGCAGACGGCUGUAAGUUUCACUCCUUUAAGAAGGUUUUGUUCGAGCUGGGACCAGAGUUUUCCAGCAAGGUGGAGAUGGCCUCCUUCCAUUCCACCUCCAAGUGCUACAUGGGAGAGUGUGGCUUCCGUGGAGGCUACAUGGAGGUGAUCAACCUGGACCCUCAGGUGAAGGCCCAGCUCACCAAACUGGUGUCGGUGCGUCUCUGCCCCCCCGUCCCCGGACAGGCUCUGCUCGACCUGGUGGUGAACCCCCCGCAGCCCGACGAGCCGUCUUUCAGCACGUUUAUGAAAGAGCGGACGGCGGUGCUGGCUGACUUGGCAGAGAAGGCCAGGCUCACCGAAGAGACCUUCAACACAGUACCUGGGAUCACCUGUAACCCAGUCCAAGGAGCCAUGUACACCUUCCCCUGCAUCGCUCUACCUCAGGCGGCCAUCGACAAGGCCAAGGAGCAAGGUCUGGCUCCAGACAUGUUUUACUGUAUGCAGCUGUUGGAGGAGGAGGGAAUCUGUCUGGUACCAGGAAGUGGCUUUGGACAGAAAGAGGGAACCUUCCACUUCAGGAUGACCAUCCUACCUCCAACUGAGAAGCUGAAGCUGGUGCUGCAGAAGAUCCGCGACUUCCACUUGAGGUUCACGCAGCAGUUUUCUUAAACCCUCUCCCUUUGACAAGUGCCAACGAGGUCAUCUCAGAAACUUUGAACGAUUCCUUGAACAGUUGAAGACACGUUUGUACAAACGAACCACUUGUAAAUCUUUUAGUGUUACAGCCAAGUCCGUCACGAUGAAAAGCAGUUUUAGCUGUGAUUUAAAUCUUAACGUUGAAGAAGCAUCUUUCUGUGCAAGAUAGAGGCGCAUUAACACGUUAGGAGAUUAACUGGACCGGCCUUAAUACAAGCGCUGUUUUACUUUUAGUAGACCGAGUUGAAAUGUUCUUAAAUGUGAUUUGUAAGUGAAAGAUUUCUACAUAAACCGUUCUCCAGCAUGGCUUUGUAUCAAU